AUGGCGCAAUUGAGCUCCUUCAAGGCUUUGACAGUCUUCGUGGUCGUAGUCGCAAUCCUCUCAGCUAUUGGAUCAGCGCAAGAAUUCGAGAUGGCUCCGGCACCGUCGCCGUCAAUGGACGCUGGAUCUGCAUUUGUUGGUGUUAGAAUGGAGUAUGGUGGACAUGAGGGUAGUAGCAAAGAUAUGGAGGAGUUGACCAAAGAUAAAACACCAUGUCUUGGCAUGGAAUUUUAUUCAGAGGAAGUCGCAUAUCAAUUCUAUAAUGAAUAUGGAAGGAUUAUGGGUUUGGCAUUAGAAGAGAUUACCAUAGCAAAAGUAGAAAAGAUGUGGAUAGUGAAAAAGUUUGAUGACAAUCACAACCAUCCUUUGCAUCUUCCUCAGUGCACACAUUUGAUACCAUCUCAAAGAAAGUUAUGUCAGGCUCAGGCUUUGAAUGUUGAUAUAGCUGAUGACACUGGUAUCUCUCUUAAAGCAUCACAUGAUCUCAUUAGUGCCUUGGCACGGGGAAAAGAAAAUUUGGGAUUCACGAGAGAAGACCAAAAAAGCUACUUGCGUGGAAAAAGACAACGAAAUUUGCAAUACGAAGAAGCUGUGAGUUUAUUAAGAUAUUUUCAGCAAGAAGAAGCUGAAAAUCCAUAUUUUUACUAUGCAAUUCAAUUGGAUGUGGAUGAGAUGAUUACUAAUAUUUUUUGGGCUGACCAUGAGAUGAUUAUAGAUUAUGAACUUUUUGGUGAUGUCGUUUCAUUCGACACAACAUUUCACACAAAUAAGGAGUAUCGGCCACUAGCUUUAUUUACUGGCUUUAACCACUUUAGAAAGACAGUGAUUUUUGGUGCCUCAUUAUUAUAUGAUGAAACUACAGCUUCAUUUGAGUGGUUAUUUGAAACCUUCUUGCAUGCAAUGUCAGGGAAAAAGCCUACCAGUUUUUUCACAGACCAAGAUUAG